AUGGGAUGCAGCCCUGUGUGGGCAGCCUUUCCUGCAGGCUCUGCCCUGACCUCCCUGCUAACUCUUGCUCACGUCUCCUGCUUCCAAGCCUGCGCCAUCUCUGGCCUCUUCAACUGCAUCACCAUCCACCCUCUGAACAUCGCAGCUGGCGUGUGGAUGAUCAUGAAUGCCUUCAUCCUGUUGCUGUGCGAGGCACCUUUCUGCUGCCAGUUUGUGGAGUUUGCAAACACUGUAGCCCAGAAGGUUGACCGGCUGCGCUCCUGGCAGAAGGCUUUCUUCUACUGCGGGAUGGCCGUCGUCCCCAUCGUCAUGAGCCUGACCCUGACCACGCUGCUGGGUAACGCCAUCGCCUUUGCCACAGGGGUGCUGUACGGACUCUCUGCCCUGGGCAAGAAGGGCGAUGCCAUCUCCUAUGCCAGGAUCCAGCAGCAGAGGCAGCAGGCAGAUGAGGAGAAGAUGGCGGAGACCCUGGAGGGGGAGCUGUGAAGUGAGCCAGUGACCCGUCCUCCUGGCCGCCGGCUGGCUCUGUGUGAUUGUCCGAAGGGACUCUGGAGAGGAGCUCUGCGAGUGCCCUGCCCUGGAGCCCUCCUGCCUGACACGUCACGGCCCCAGCGGGGUUGCAGGACUUGGACAGAGCAGAGCAGAGCCCACCCUAUCAGCGCUGCAUGGAUGGCCGCCUGCUCCAAAGCAUGCUGCCGGAGGAUCUGAAGGCUCCCCAUGGCUGGCGGUCCACCCCAAGCCCAGAGUGCCUCCUCUGGACACACCGGGCCUGGCUGGAGGCGGAGGCAGAUCACCCCAACUCCUCCCACCUCCUGCCUGUCAGGUGGGAGCGUGGAGCAAGGGGAACAUGCGCCUGCUCCCUGGCAAGUGGAAUCCCAGCCCUGCCCUGGCUGCUUGUUCUCAGGACAGUGUUCCAAGGCCAGCUGCUGCUGCCGGGGUCGUGGCCAGUGCUCCCAGCAUGCACCUCUCUGGCCAGAACAGGCCCUUGGCAGAUGGUUGGACAGAACACUUCAGGCCGUCCUGCUGCUGUGCUUCCCGCAGGGCCCUGCCCUGCCCUGGGCCUUGGUGCUAGGGAGUGGUGAAGAGCUCGUGGGGUGCCCUCCCCCGUGUGGCCCUCCUUGUGUCUGCAGCGGCUGCCUCUAACUACGGUUAGAGGGCUGGACUUGACACACCUCAGGCCCUGCCAGCUGCCCCGGGAGCUUCCUGCCAAGGGGAAGAUGGGCAGAAGUCAGAGCCGCCCCUCCCAGGGCUGUCCCCUGCUCAGGUGCCAGGCCGCCCGGACAAGCCCGCAGGGAAGGACAUAGAAGCUGGUGUUGAGGAAGUGGCCCUCAGGAGUGUCAUCGCGCCCCCACCCUUCCACAGCACCCCAGACCCCGCCCUCUGCUCCUCAGAUUCACCUUGGCCUGUGGAGCUGAGGUGGGGCUGGGAGAGGGGGCGUGGAGAAGGCUCAGCUCCAUCUUCUUCCCUCCCCCAACCCCGGGCGGGGCCUGCUGGAAGCUUCCAGAGCAGAGGGACUAGGUUUUGUGCCAUGGAGACCAACCUGGAGCUGUUCCAGGUCUGCUUCCCAGGGGACCCUUCAGGCCUGCCCGUGUCUGGGGCCAGAAGCCAUGGACGCUGGGAGACGGCCGGCCCUGCCCAGCCCUGGGACGCAGCGGAUGCUAGCAUUGGCAGUACUCUGCCCAUGCACAGCCCCAGGGUGGCAGGUGAACCGGCCUGGCCCAUCAGGAUUCCUCUGGGGCCCCUUUGGUACUUACGGGCUCUGUGUGUGUAUGUACGCACGCACGCGCACGUGCCUUUGUCACUCCCCAUGUGUGCAGUGAACAGGGCCCGUCCACCUCAGGAGGAGCAAGGGCCCUAACUGCCCCUCUGCUUGCUUGUCCAGCCAUGGCCUUGGGUCACUUCUGCCCUGACUUUGGCCCCUGCCAUGGCUGCAGGAACAGGAAGGGGAGGGGCUAGCUUCAGCACUCCACGUGAAGGGAGGUGGGCAGGCCACAGGUUGGGACACCAAGGUAGAAGGUCCCUCAGACAGACCCAGGUGGACUGGCCACCUCCCAGAUUCCCAACUGGUCUGUGCCUAAGCAGCUCUGGAACCUCUAGCCGCCUAGUUCAUGCUCCUGCUCAGGCCAGCUGGACUGCAGGCUGGCCUCUGCCUCUGUCUGGGUUCUGCCUGUUCCUGCCUUGAAGCCUUGGCAGUAAAGGAAGACGAGUCUCAA